UGACCAGAAGGAGGAAGCAACUAGCUCUGUGGUUUUGCUAGAGUUUGUAUGAAGUCACCUACUGCUUCUGCUGGAAUGCACACACCCACCAUCUCACGCACACACACACGGAACUGACACGGCAUGCAAAACCGGACACUAGUUUCUGACAAGACACAGAGACAAUUUAUUUUCAUAGCCUCAACUUCCGCACAAAGUUGCCACACUUGAACACAUAAAACAUACAUGCAUCAUAUGCGCACAUGCAUGGCCAAGCGAGGGAGACACACACACACACGCACACAUACAGACCUCUAUUUUCCCGUGUGAGCUGGCACAGUGUGAGAACGGAACAGGUUGAUGUAGAGGACGUAAGCGUCCUUUAAUACCCUCAUUUUCACGCACAAGAUCACUCGGCAGCCAGUUCUCCUUUCAACCAAAAGCAAAUAUGAACUCAACAGUAACCCCGGGCACACAAUCCAUGACCAUGAACAAUGCAACAAACUCACCGCCACAGAAGGAUUCUGACUAUGUCCUCGUGGUCAUCUACUCUGUGGUUCUGCUCAGCGGUACCAUCAGCCUGAGCCUGAUGAUCCACAUCAUAAGGUCCAGCAAGACAUCCAUGACCUCCAUCGCUGUACUCAACCUCAUCUUCACCCACUUCGUCUUCCUCCUCACCGUGCCCUUCAGGAUAUACUAUUACACAACUGUUGACUGGAAACUGGGCAUGGAGUGGUGUAAAGUGGUCAGCAGCAUGAUCCACAUCCACAUGUACAUGUCUUUUGUCUUCUAUGUGAUCAUCCUCAUCACGCGCCUGUCAUCGUUCUACCACAAAGCUGAGCGGGAGACCUCCUUCCGGAGAAUUCACGCUCUCCUUGUCAGCGCCCUGGUGUGGAUGGUCGUGCUCAUCUCGGUCCCUUGCAUCCUCUCUUUUUCCUACGGCAAAGGCGCCAACAAUGGAUCCUCACAGUGCUUUGAGUUUGGCAGUAGCAUUAAGUCUGGUGCCAAGGCCAUCAACUACAUCGUAAGCAUGGUAAUCAUCAUGGUGGCUACAGUGCUGACAGUCCUCCAAGCCAAUGUCCUGAGGAUUCUGUACAGGACGCACCACUGGGGAUGCACCUCUCAGCAGGACUUCGGGGCUCAGCUGAAGAGUCUCUGCUUUGCCCUCAUCAUGGUGGUCUGCUUCAUUCCUUACCACCUGUUCCGGAUGUAUUACUUAGAACACAUUUCCGACUGGGAGCAUUUCAAUGAAGUGUUUCUGAGCCUGACCACUUUCAACUGUUUGGACAUGCUCACCUUCCUGGGGAGGAGAACCUGCUACAUGUGCUUGCCAGGAAAGGCUGCUUGAAAACAGCUGGCAGGACACCCAAAUCGGUGGAAUAAAUGUUGGCAAUGUACGUUGCUGCACACCGAAGAUUGAAUUUUUGCAUGUCUUUAUGUUGCAACUUUACACGGCUUCAGAUUCGGCUUCAUGUUGCGACAACACUGCGCGCAUGGACUGAUAAGGUUGGCCCAAAAUUCCCUCCAAGGCCAUAUCCCGCAGACUGUAACACUCCCUGUUUCAUCACCCCGCAUCCCAGUUUGAUUUGUUUUUUGUAGCAUAAAGGGACCUAAACUUAGUUUUGUUUUGCAACCCUGGUGUGGUAAAGUGACAAAUAAAUGAAUGUUUAACCUUUAUGACAUGUACAAAGUUUACUUGCUUUACUUUUGUAAUUCUUUUUACUAUACUGUUUUAUAAACUGCUCGUGUGCAUCCUGAUAAAGGCGGUGGAUAGGACAUAACAACUGUCCAAAAGCACACAAGAACAUUUUUUUUAAAAAACAGAUUAGAUAGAUUUAAGGAAUCAUAUUUAAGCACUGAAUUUUUUUAAAAAAGUUACCGAAAAAGUGCAAAAAGGGGGUCAGAGAGCGACACCCAGUACUGUUAUCUGACUGCAGCUGAGCGCAAAAUCUGAGCAACACCAGGUCGUAUUCAGAGUGUAAGGGUCUUCCCUGGCAGUCUUUAAAGCAAAAAAGAAAAACGGAGAGAUUAAAGAGGACAUGACGUUAUUUAGUUUCUGAAUAAGGUAGGUCAAAGUUCUCUAACCAAGGUGUAAGAAAAGGGGGCCAACUCUUACACACUUUAGCAGUUGUGCUGCAUUAUCCUCAGUGUCAUAUAACCGCAAUGUCACAUACUAUUUUUUUUUUUUUUUUAAUGAAUGGAGUUGUGUGUUUUUGGGGGGUAGAGGGGCAGUUAGGUAGGGAGCGCUGGCAGACCUUGGGAACAAAACCAGAUUGGCCAAAGCUCCUAUCUGACUUCUGUCAAAUGUUUGCUCUAAUAAUCCUACCAGUGUUGUGUCAUCUGCGGUUUCUUUUUUGUGUUAUUCCUUGAACUGUGUUACUCUUUUUUUUAUUUUAUUUUUUUAGGUUAUUUGGGGGGGAAUUGUUGCAUGUUAUUUGAUGAUUAAAAGUGCAGAGAGAGAGAGAAACAAAAGAGAGAAGAAGGGCAUCUGAGGUUAGACCUGAACUGUGCUUGUUAACGAUUUGUCCUAUCUGGCAGACUAAAGUGGUAGAAACUGCGUUGCCAAAUGCUGAAUUUGACUCGACUGGCAACUGUCUUUGGCUUAUGCCUCAAAACGAAUGAACUGUUGCCACCUGCUGGUCUUUGUAUAUACCACACAGGCUGUACACCCUGAUUGUGCCACUGGUCUUUAUGUCCCCUCAUCUUUCAUCCAAACUGUAAUUUCAUGUAAAAGACAUGGAAAAUGCAAAUGUGCCUGGAAAAUGCAGAAUAAACAUAUUCCACUGUGUUUGCUAACA